CUGCUCCGCCUACUCUGAGACGCUUGGGGCAUAGAGGGCGGCGCCCGGGCCGUGGCGGCGGCGGCGGCUCCUCAGAUGCUCUCCUGGACGGCGGUUGGGAUGCUGUGCUGAUGCUGCGGUCCUCAAGGCCCUCUGCCUGCCUUCUGUCCUCUCGGCCACCUGGGACUUCCUGGCUGGGGAGGAAGCUAUCCAUGCUCACACUGGACAGGCGGAAGCUGAGAGCACAGAAAUGACCAGGCCCUACAUAAAGAGGCUGUCCUUCACCCUCCUGGACUCCAUCACUGACAAGGAUCCUAUGGUCCAGGAGCAGGUCUGCAGUGCACUCUGUUCCCUUGGAGACGCGCAGCCAGACGAGACACUCCAUGCCUGUGAGGAGUACCUACGGCAGCAUGACAAGCUGGCUCACCCGUACCGUACGAAGAUCCUGAGGGCCAUGGAGACAGUACUAAGCAGUCAUAUCCAUGACCUGGACAAGGACACUGCCGGCGCUGUCAUCCUCCUGGCUACCAGCGAGAUGACAAGGACCAAGGAGCUGGACUGUGACUGGCAGCAGGCUGCAGGCAGUGUCCUGGUGGCUGUUGGCAAGCGAUUCACCAACCAGGUGAUGGAGGAGGUGCUCAGCCGGUUCCAGCCUGGGAUGCUGCCCCACUCCUCCGUGCUGCACACACUCGCCAACCUCUCAGUGUCCAACGCAUUUGAUAUGGUUCCUUUUCUGCCGUCCAUCCUGAGCACCAUGCUGCCUAUGCUGAGCAUGGCCAAGCAGGACGCGCUGAAGGUGGUGUUCUGCGGCGCUCUCCAGCACUUCAGCGAAAGCAUCUUGGAAUACCUGGCCAACCUGGACCAGGCCCCAGACCCCACAGUGAGGAAGGACACCUUUGGGGCUGACAUCUUUGGCGCCUAUGAUGUUCUCUUCCACCACUGGCUGCAGAGCCGAGAUGCCAAGCUCCGGCUUGCCGUGGUGGCGGCUCUGGGUCCCAUGAGCCACCUGCUUCCCAGUGAGAGGCUGGAAGAACAGCUCCCUAAGCUCCUCCCUGCAGUCCUCGGCCUCUACAAGAAGCAUGCGGAGGCCUUUCAGAUAUCGAAGAGCCUGGGCCAGAUUCUCGAGGCAGCUGUGAACGUGAGCAGCCGUACCCUGGAGGUUCAGCUUGAUGCCCUCCUGGUGGCUCUUCAUGCUCAGGACAGGGUUUCUCUGUGUAGUCCUGGCUGUCCUGGAACUCACCGUGUAGACCAGAAGGCUGGCCUCAGACCGGGAUCAAAGGCAUGUGACAAAGUUACAGGCUGAAAAUGAGGAAAUCUUUAAAAAAGAACUUACUAGGCUGAGAGUAGUGGCACAUGCCUUUAAUCCCAGCAUUUGGGAGACAGAGGCAGACAGAUCUCUGUCAAUUUGAGGCCAGUCUGAUCUACAUAGUGAGUUCCAGGAUAGCAAGGGUUAUAUAGAAAGAAUUAGUCUCAAAAAGCAAACCAAAAUGAAGAGGCUGGAGAGAUGGCUCAGUGGUUAAGAGCACUGACUGCUCUUCUAGAGGUCCUGAGUUCAAUUCCCAGCAACCACAUGGUGGUUCACAGCCAUCUGCAAUGGGAUCUUUUCUGAUUUGUGUGCCUGUGGAGUCCUCGAGCCCCCUGGUGAUGAACAGCCAGAAGGAGGUGCUUCGCUGCUUCACAGUGCUGGCCUGCUGCUCUCCUGACCGUCUGCUGGCCUUCUUACUGCCCAGGCUGGACACCAGCAACGAGAGGCUCCGCGUGGGUACCCUGCAGAUCCUGAGACACAUCAUCAACUCGGCUGCCGCUCAGAUGGAGGCUAAGCAGCCCUUUAUCCUCUCCUCCAUGAGGCUGCCUCUUCUGGACACCAACGAUAAGGUGAAACGGGCUGUGGUGCAGGUGAUCAGUGCCAUGGCCCACCACGGCUACUUGGAGCAGCCUGGAGGAGAGGUGAUGGUUGAGUAUAUUGUGCAGCAGUGCGCCCUGCCCGCCGAGGAGCCUGAGAAGCCUGGCCCUGAUGGGGAGGACCUGGCGGCAGAUAGCGUGCGGGCUGUCAGUAUCCGCACCCUCUACCUGGUCAGCACCACAGUGGAUAGGAUGAACAGUGUUCUCUGGCCCUACCUCCUCGAGUUCCUCACCCCGGUGCGCUUCACUGCGGCCCUCACCCCGCUCUGCAGGAGCCUUGUGCACUUAGCCCUGAAGAGGCAGGAGGCUGGGGCAGAUGAUUUCCUCAUCCAGUACAACGCGAAUGCAAACCUCCCGUCUCCCUUCGCUAUGACCACACGACUGCUGGUUGUGUCUUCUAAUCCCUACCUGGGAGAUGGGCGUGGAGCGGCCUCCCUGCGCCUCCUGAAGGUUAUGCAUCAGAAUAUCCACCCUUUCCUGGGCCAGCGGUGGGAGACAACCAUGCCCAUGCUGCUGGAGUACCUGGAUGAGCACACCGAGGAAAGCCUGUCACUGAAGGAGUGGGAAGAAAAGCUUCUAAUGUUCCUGCGAGACACCCUGGCCGUAGUAUCUGACAACAUCUGGAUCUGCCAGCUGAGCCAAGAGAUGUGCAAGCAACUGCCCUCUUACAGUGGGACUCCUCAGGAGAAGAACUUCCUGUAUAAGUGCAUUGGAACCACGCUGGGUGCUGCUUCAAGUAAGGAGGUGGUGAGGAAACACCUCCGAGAGCUGCUGGAGACAGCCAGAUAUCAAGAGGAGGCAGAGCAGGAGGGCCUGGCCUGUUGCUUUGGGAUCUGUGCCAUUACCCACCUUGAGGACACUCUAGCACAGCUGGAGGACUUUGUGAGGUCAGACGUGUUUAGGAAGUCCACCGGCAUCUUUAGCAUUUUUAAGGAUCGAAGCGAGCACGAAGUGGAAAGAAUGAAGAGCUGUCUGAUCCUGUGCUACGGGCACGUGGCUGCCCAGGCCCCUCGGGAGCUGGUGCUGGCCAGGGUAGAGUCUGAUAUCCUGCGCAGCAUGUUCCAGUGCUUCAACACCAAGGUUCUGGGAAUAAAGGUAGAGACCAAGGACCCGGCCCUGAAGCUCUGCCUCGUCCAGAGCCUGUGCAUGGUCAGCCAGGCCAUGUGCAGCAGCGCACAAGCCAGCUCCUUCCACUUCUUGAGGAAAACAGAGCUGGUGACACAGAUGAUGGAAUUCAUCAGGGCAGAACCCCCAGACUGCCUGAGAACACCCAUUCGGAAGAAAGCCAUGUUGGCCUGCACAUACCUGGUCAACUUGGAGCCCGCGCUGGAGGAGCAGACACAGGCAGAUGUGGUCCACAGCUGCCUACACAGUGUCAUGGCCCUGCCACCUGAGGCUGAGGGGGGAGAUGGCGUUGGCCGGGAGCCUCUGUAUCUGGACACGGUGUGUGCCCUUGAAGACUUGUUAACAAGACUGCUGCGGCAGAACAUGACCCCCCAAGGCCUGCAGAUCAUGGUAGAGCACCUGAGCCCGUGGAUCAAGUCCCCGAGGGGUCAUGAGCGGGCACGAGCACUUGGCUUGGGCGCCUGCCUGCUGGAGUUCUUCCAGGAGCACUUGCUUGUCAGCACAUUGGUACCCUUCCACAACCUGGGUCUCCUGGUCGGUCUCUUUGCUCCACGGUGUGCGGACACAUGGACUACCACCCGCCAGAAAGCCGUGGGCUGUGUCUAUUCCCUGCUCUACUUGCAGCUGGGCUAUGAGGGCUUCUCCCGAGACCAUCGUGAUGAUGUGGCCGAGCGGCUCCUCACCCUGCAGGAUGGCCUUGUGAACGCUGAUCCCACCAUCCUUUUCCACACUUGCCACAGCAUAGCCCAGGUCAUCGCCAAGCGCCUCCCCUCAGACCAGCUCAUCAGUCUCUUGCUCACGGUGUUUGAGAGCCUGGGAGACCCAGACAAGAACUGCUCGCGCGCAGCCACAGUCAUGAUCAACUGCCUGCUGAAGGAGCGGGGCAAUGUGCUGCUGGAAAAGGUACCUGAGAUUGUGAGUGUGUUGCGAGCCAAGCUGCGGGAUACCCAGGAGGAACACGUCCUACCAGCUGCCCAGCACAGUGUAUACCUCCUAGCAUCUCAGCACUGCGAGGCUGUGGUAUCCAGUCUCCUGGGGAGCCCCCUGCCUUUUGACAGCCACACCUGCGCCCUGUGGCGGGCACUGGCAGUGGAGCCCGGCCUCACGGCUCAGGUCUUAGAGUUACUUCUGGAGAAGAUGAGCAAAGAUGUCCCAUUCAAGGAGAGCCGUGCCUUCCUCCUGGGCAGCACUGCAGACAGAGUAGCGACGCUGCUUCCCCUUGCGGCCACCUGUGCACUGUAUGAAGUCCUGUCUGCCCCAUCAUCUGGAACCGUGGUCCUAGAGCUCUACCCUCAGCUGUUCGCAGCACUCCUCCUACGAGUUAGCUGUACUGUGGGUGUGCAGCUGCCCCGGAACCUGCAAGCCAAGGAGCGGAGAAGCACCAGCCCGGCCAGAGCAGCCAGGAAUCUUGAUCCCUGCAGGGAAGGGUACCCACAGCAGAUGGGCCAUCAGAUCCCACCCUACACCAACAGCUCUGCAGUGGAUGCCCUUCAGGCCCUGCUGCUCCGCAGUGGCAGUCAGGACAUGCUGCGCUGUGUUGAACUGGAGCGGGGCUGGGAGCUACUCAAAACCUCGGCAGGGCACGAAGAUGGAGUUGCCCAGCUGGCAAGUUCCAUGGCAAAGUAUGCAGGCCCCCGACUUCCUCCGGUGACAAAGGCCCUCGCGUGCACACAGAACAGUGUGUAUGAGAUCCAGAGGGUCACUUCCACAGCGUUCCUGGCUGAGCUACUUAGCAGUAACGUGGUCAAUGACCUGAUGCUCCUGGAACCACUGCUGGACAACCUGACAGCCCGCCUAAAGGAUUCCAGUGCCAGCGUACGGCGUCUAGUGCUCCGAGGCCUGGCCAACAUGGCUUCUGGCUCACCUGACAAGGUGCGAGCUCAUGGCCCGCAGCUCCUGACAGCCAUGGUCAGUGGACUGGAUGAUGGUGAUGAACCACACAGUCCAGUGGCCUUGGAAGCCAUGGUGGGCCUUUCACGGCUGCUGGAUCUAGUGGAGCCAUGGGACCUACGCUUGGUGCUGCUGCACACGACCAUCCGCAUCCGGCCCUUCUUUGACAGUGAAAAAGUGGAGUUCAGGACAGCAUCCAUCCGCCUCUUUGGACACCUGAACAAGGCCUGCCAUGGGGACUGUGAGGAUGUCUUCCUGGAGCAGGUCGUGGGUGGGCUGGUGCCACUCCUACUGCAUCUGCGGGACCCUCAGGUUCCAGUGGCCAGUGCCUGCAAGUUUGCCCUGUGCAUGUGUGUCCCCCACCUGGAAUGUGCGGAGCUGGCGGCUGCCUUCUACAAGUACCUUCAGGAGGGCCGCAGUGUCCACUUUGGGGAGUUCCUCAAUUCCACGUGCAAGCACCUGAUGCACCACUUCCCUGACCUGCUGGGCCGCCUAGUGAGCACCAACCUGUUCUACUUCAAAAGCAGCUGGGAUGACGUCAGAGCUGCUGCCCCCAUGUUCACAGGGUUCCUGGUGUUGCAUGCAGAGCCUGAACAAAAGACUCAGGUGGACCUGGAACAGCUCAUUGUAGCCCUGCAGCUCCUCCUAAAGGACCCAGUGCCUGGAGUGCGGGAGAAAGCUGCCGAGACACUGGGCCGCCUGGUGAAGUUUGCCUGAGGCUGACUUCACUCCUGCGAGUGACACAAGUGACACACUGCUUGUCCUGCCUAGAGGACUCUGCUGCCAGCCAGGGUCAAGACUGUGGUGCCCCAAUUUAUUGCCCAAUAAAGCCAGUUACACCUCA